AUGGCACCAGAAUAUGCAUUGCAUGGACAGUUUUCAGCGAAAUCAGACGUCUUCAGUUUUGGUGUACUGAUUCUUGAGAUUGUAAGCGGCCAGAAAAACAGUGGAAUCAAUAAUGGGGAGAAUAUGGAGGAUCUGCUAAGCUUCGCUUGGAGAAGCUGGAAGGAGGGGAAGGCUAUAAAUAUUGUAGAUCCAUCACUCAACAGCAAUUCACGGAAUGAAAUGCUGAGAUGUAUCCAUAUUGGUUUACUCUGUGUUCAAGAAAAUUUAGUUGACAGACCAACCAUGGCUAACAUUGUACUGAUGCUUAAUAGCCAUUCUCUGAGUCUCCCUAUUCCUGCAGAACCUGCAUUUUAUAUGAACAGUAGAACUAGAAGCUUUCCAGAGAUGCAGUCAUGGGACUAUAAUUCAAGGGAAAGAGGAUCAAGUGAACCGAUACUUAAAUCAGCUCAAGAAUCAGAAAAUGAAGCUUCAAUUACUGAGCUAUACCCUCGCUAG